CUCCCCAUCACAGCCAAUCCGGUUCCAUCAUUUCCAACAAAGGGCAAGAACGCUGAUAAAAUCGCCUCCUCUUCUUCUCUUCUCUUGCUUGCCUUUCAAAGCUGUUCACUCUCUCCGAUUCCUAUCGUACUGUGCGUCCAAUGGCUUCAUCCACACCAAGCCGAUGGCUGAGGCCUGAGGUUUAUCCUCUGUUCGCGGCCGUAGGAGUUGCCGUAGGGAUCUGUGGGUUUCAGCUGAUCCGCAAUAUCUGCAUCAACCCUGAAGUCAGAGUGAACAAGGAGUCCAGGGCCGCGGGAGUGCUGGACAAUUUUGCUGAGGGGGAGAAGUAUUCUGAGCAUUUCCUGAGAAAAUUUGUCCGCAACAAGUCCCCAGAAAUUAUGCCAUCCAUCAACAGCUUCUUCACAGACCCAAGUCGAAACUAAAUGCUUGAAUAAAAAGAAGCAACUGAGAUGUUAAUUCUAGACUGGUUGUUUGGUAUUGGAAACUCUCUGAAAUUUGUGUCCAGUUAAUGUGGUUGAACUUAUGCCUUGCAGCUUGCAGCUUGCAGGUGGAUAAUAAUAUGAAUUUGAAUCUUAUACGAGAUGAUUAACUUUGUCCUCCUGGAUA